CAGCCUGCCUGCUCAGCUGCUGAGCGCCCCCUCGCAGGAUGAAGGUGGUGGUGGGCCCAGACCCCUCCCUGGUCUACCGUCCCGAUGUGGACCCAGAGGCGGACAAAGACAAGGACAGCUUCCGAAACUACACUUCAGGGCCCCUCCUGGAUCGUGUCUUCACCACCUACAAGCUCAUGCACACGAGCCAGACGGUAGACUUCGUCAGGAGGAAGCACGCCCAGUUUGGGGGCUUCUCCCACAAGGAGAUGACAGUCAUGGAGGCCUUGGACAUGCUGGAUGGGCUGGUGGAUGAGUCAGACCCGGAUGUGGACUUCCCCAACUCCUUCCACGCCUUCCAGACGGCAGAGGGCAUCCGGAAGGCCCACCCGGACAAGGACUGGUUCCAGCUUGUUGGGCUUCUGCACGACCUGGGGAAGGUCUUGGCUGUGCUGGGGGAGCCCCAGUGGGCGGUCGUGGGAGACACCUUCCCGGUUGGAUGCCGUCCCCAGGCCUCUGUGGUUUUCUGCGACUCCACUUUCCAAGACAAUCCUGACCUCCAGGACCCCCGAUACACGGAGGAGGUAGGCGGGGCGGGGGGCGGGGCCGGGGCGGGGGCGGGUGGGGCCCAGCUGGGCCAUCCAGUUGCUAGAGCGGGCUGGCCUCUCCCACAGGCUUUCUACAUGAUCCGAUUCCACUCCUUCUACCCCUGGCACACGGGUGGUGACUACGGGCAGCUGUGCAGCCAGCAGGACCUGGCCAUGCUGCCCUGGGUGCAGGAGUUCAACAAGUUUGACCUCUACACCAAGUGCCCUGACCUGCCAGAUAUGGACAGGCUGCGGCCCUACUACCAGGGGCUCAUCGACAAGUACUGCCCUGGCGUUCUGCACUGGUGACCCUGCCCCCCACCCCGCUGCUGCUGGGCCCCCAGGCCUGGCCCCAGC